UCAAAACUUGAAAGUGUCCUGUGGCUGAGGCUGAGUUUGUCUCCUCUCUUCGCUCACUCUCUCCUCUCUCUCUUGUUCUGACCUGACCCUUUCUUCCUCCUCUGGGUUAACAUUAUCUUCAAGAAUGGGAAAAGGUGGAUCUCUGAGCGACGGUGUUUUGAAGAAGAUCGUGUUAUCCUACACCUACGUAGCGAUAUGGAUCUUCCUAAGCUUCACGGUGAUCGUAUACAACAAGUACAUCUUGGACAAGAAGAUGUACAACUGGCCCUUCCCCAUUUCCCUAACAAUGAUCCACAUGUCCUUCUGCGCCACCCUCGCAAUCCUCCUCGUCCGUGUCUUCCACAUCGUCGAACCCGUUUCAAUGUCACGUGAAGUUUACCUCUCCUCCGUCGUCCCCAUCGGAGCCCUCUACUCCCUCUCCCUCUGGCUCUCCAAUUCCGCUUACAUCUACCUCUCCGUUUCGUUCAUCCAAAUGCUCAAAGCUCUCAUGCCUGUUGCCGUUUACUCCAUCGGCGUCGUCCUCAAAAAAGAGUCCUACAAAAACGACACCAUGUUCAACAUGCUCUCCAUCUCCCUCGGCGUCGCCGUCGCCGCAUACGGUGAAGCACGCUUCGACACGUGGGGCGUUAUUCUCCAGCUCGGCGCCGUCGCGUUCGAAGCCACCAGGCUCGUCAUGAUCCAAAUCUUGCUCACCUCUAAGGGGAUCUCGCUUAAUCCUAUCACUUCUCUUUACUAUGUCGCUCCUUGCUGCUUGGUGUUUCUCGCUGUGCCUUGGAUCUUUGUUGAAUUACCGGUUCUGAGGGAGACUUCGAGUUUUCAGUUCGAUUUUGUGAUUUUCGGAACGAAUUCGUUCUGCGCGUUCGCCUUGAAUCUGGCGGUGUUUCUUCUGGUUGGAAAGACGUCGGCGUUGACGAUGAAUGUGGCUGGUGUGGUGAAGGAUUGGCUAUUGAUUGCGUUUUCUUGGUCGGUUAUUAAGGAUACGGUGACGCCGGUGAAUUUGUUUGGGUACGGGCUUGCGUUCUUGGGCGUGGCCUAUUACAACCAUUCGAAGUUGCAGGCGCUUAAGGCGAAGGAGGCACAGAAGAAGACUGCGCAGGCUGAUGAAGAAGCUGGGAGGUUGCUCGAGGACAGAGAAGGAGAUGGAAUCGCCAAGAGGAAUGACCAGCAGAAUUGAUUUCAUUUCCAUUUCAAUUUCAAUUUCAAUUUCCAUUUUCAUUUCAAUUUCAAUUUCAUUUCAUUUCAAUUCCAUUUCCUAGUUCACAGAGAUUCUAGAGGAACGGAGGAUAUA